AUGGCGGGCGCUGCGCCCUACCAAGUCCAGCACACGCUGCAGGCACACGCAGGUGCCGUGCAUGUCGCGCGGUACAAUACAGGAGGAAAGUAUUUGCUGACAGGAGGCGCCGAUCAGCAGAUCCAGUUGUGGAAUACCCGUGCUAUCCCGUCAGACGACGUGGAUGUGAAAGGACGAACGCAAAGCAUUCAUCGGUACAGUGCACAUUCCUACGAAAUUCUAUGCCUGGACAUUGCGCAUGAUAAUAUGCGAUUUGCCAGUGGCGGUCCUGACCGCGCGGUCCUGCUGUGGGAUGUGGCGAGUGGCCAGGUACUUCGCCGGUUUAGCGCACAUUCGGGCCGCAUCAACGACGUAAAAUUUGGCGGUGCGAACAAUGACGGGAAUGUACUGUUUACUGCAGGAAGUGAUACUGUGCUCCGUGCUUACGAUCUGCGCGCAAACAAUGCGUGGCGCCCGAUUCUGGAGGCGAACGAGGCGCGUGACGCAUUACUGGCCAUGGCACUGACGUCGCCCGCGACGCUACAUACCGGAUCCGUUGACGGUGUUGUGCGCACGUACGAUCUACGUAUGGGUGAACUGCGUGCAGAUCUGAUCGACCAGCCGGUCACGUCCUUGACGCCGACCAAAGAUAAUGCCGCGUUGCUGGUCUCGGCACUGGACUCGCCGCACCGAUUGAUGGAUCUGGCCGAUGGAUCGGUUCUGCAAAAGUACGAAGGUCAUGUGCAGGCAUCGUUCCGGUGCCACUCGACAUUAUCCGUCGAUGAAAUGUACGUGCUCGGGGGCGACGAGCGGGGAUGUGUGUACAUGUGGGAUUUUGUAGGCGGCCAGUGUGCGAUGCAAAAUGUGCCGGAUUAUGGCGCGAGUGCGCGGUAUAGACGCACGAACGCACCCGUCACCGUCUUGUGGACCGAGUGUAGUCCAGAUACCAGUGCGCCGCAGUUUGUCUCGGCGUCCAGCUGCGGAUCCGUGCAUGUGUGGGAGAGGACAUCUGUAUAG